CGCUAAUGGGGAACUUGUCGUUCCGCGAGUGACCAGUAGGGGGAAGCAUGCACUCUGCUUCACACCGGGUGGGUGUCGCUCCAUCUGCUGUGUUUGACAACAGCCAAGAAGAUGUCUGCUCUGGAGAGAUGACUUAAUGUGCAAGGGUUUAAAGACCGUGUUUACAAUCACGUCAGGGUUUGUACAAUGCAGUGAACCAGAUGGGUCAUCGCUGCACCCGAGUCCUGUUCCUCGCGCUGCUCCAGGCGUUGCAGACCUUAGCCGAAGAUGGCUCCAUCCAGUGUGUGUGCAUGGGCAGGGACUGCAUGGCCCAGCAGUGUAAAGGUGAUCAGUGCUACUCUUCCGUGACCGUCAGAGACGGCGUGCGCUCGUUGCACCGCGGCUGCCUGAUUGGCCCCGACAGCAGGAGCUUGACCUGCUUGGCUUCUCCCUCGGCCAGUCACGUGAUAGAAUGCUGCGCUCAACCCAUGUGCAACGCCAACACCUCAGUGGACUCCCUGAUUCAGCUGCUGCUCAGGAAUCCAGAGGGAGAGCCCAUGCAUUACACUGUAGAGACUCUGGUACUGUUGGUCCUGGUCCCUUUAGCCAUAUUGGUGCUGCUCGCCGUGCUGGCCGUGUCCGUAUGCCGGCGUCUGCACCCGCGCCGCCUGGAGCGACUGCACGAGUUUGACACGGAGCAGGGUGCCAUCGAUGGCCUCAUCGCCGCCAACGUGGGCGACAGCACCCUGGCGGACCUGCUGGAUCAUUCCUGCACGUCGGGCAGCGGCUCAGGUCUGCCAUUCCUGGUACAGAGGACAGUCGCGCGCCAGAUCAGUCUGGUGGAGUGUGUCGGGAAAGGACGAUACGGAGAGGUGUGGAGAGGACAGUGGCAGGGAGAGAACGUAGCUGUGAAAAUUUUCUCCUCCCGGGAUGAGAAGUCGUGGUUCCGUGAAACAGAAAUCUACAACACUGUUCUGUUACGGCACGAAAAUAUAUUGGGGUUCAUGGCGUCGGACAUGACGUCCCGCAACUCGAGCACGCAGCUGUGGUUGAUCACACACUACCACGAGCACGGCUCGCUGUACGAUUACCUGCAGCGCACCGCCGUGUCCGCGCCUGACGCCCUGAACAUGGCCACCUCGGUGGCCAGCGGGCUGGUGCACCUGCACGCCGAGAUCCUGGGCACAGAGGGCAAGCCGGCCAUCGCCCACCGCGACCUCAAGAGCAAAAACAUCCUGGUGAAGAAGGACAUGCGCUGCUGCAUCGCAGACCUUGGUUUGGCGGUCACUCACACACAAGCAGACAAUCAGCUGGACGUCGGGAACAACCCCAAAGUGGGCACCAAGCGCUACAUGGCCCCCGAGGUGCUGGACGAGACGAUUCAGAUGGACUGCUUUGACGCUUAUAAGAGAGUGGACAUCUGGGCGUUUGGCUUGGUGCUGUGGGAGAUCGCCCGACGCACCUACAGUAACGGGAUCGUGGAGGACUACAAGCCUCCGUUCUACGACCUGGUACCCAACGACCCCAGCUUUGAGGACAUGCGCAAAGUGGUGUGUGUGGAGCAGCAAAGACCUUUCAUCCCCAAUCGCUGGUUUUCUGAUCCGACCCUCUCAGCCCUGGUGAAGCUGAUGAAGGAGUGCUGGUACCAAAACCCUUCAGCCCGACUGACGGCGCUGCGCAUUAAAAAGACUCUGGAUAAAAUCCUCAGCUCGUUAGAGAAGGGAAAACCGGACUACUGAGCCGAGACUUUGGAACAUUGUGUUUUUGUUUUGUUUUGUUUUUCUGAUUUGGGAUCAGCAUCCUCAAGCGUCAGAACCCUUGAAUCUCGUAUCCAGGUUCCCGGAAAGCCGAGUCAAGAGGAAACGCGAGUCGUCGCCCAGGACCGUAUGUAAGCCGAGUUCACUCUCGUCUCGGCUGCACGAUUACCAGGGAGGUGAUCCUAGAUCUGAGAUUGGUGGGGUUCUUUUUUCUUCCCCCCAACAGCAGUGUGAAACAUAACGCUGGAAAUUCUGCAUACUUGAGCAAAUUUUUUUUUAAAAAUUUUUUUAAUUUGCGAGAAGUGGAGCUGUGAUUUAAAGCCACUUCUCCACGCUGUCAGUCGUGGCAUUCGAGGGCAGGCACAUGCCCUCUUUUUGACACCGCCAUAUCGUUUCUUCCGCGUGCCUGCAUGAUAAAAGCCAUUGGAACGCUUGCGCAUCUAGCAGCAGCCUCUCUCUCUCUCUCUCUCUCUCGCUCUCUCUAUCCCUCUAUACCUUGCCUUCGUGCUCUCUUACUCUCAGUUGACAAUCGCACACUGCUCAGUGGUCUCUGCACUAUUAGGCAGCCUCCCCACCCCCACCCCCACCUCCCCAAAUACGACUCUCUCAAAGCUGUGGUGAUGGUUUUUAAAGCAUUAACACUUUUUCUCUCCGCUUUACUCUACCUAUAACCUGAGUGUCCCAGGUUCAGUGUGAAUUUGAGAAUAGUAUGCAGACUGAUGUAAAAACGCCUGUACUCAUAACCGCGCUUCUCACGUGUGCAGUGCCUGUUUUGUUUUUUUUUGUUUUUUUUAAGGAAUAACGUCUCAUAAAGCUCUAGAGUAAAGCACUAACGUUUUAUACCAUGAACUCUCGAUCUCGACUACAGCACUAUAAAUAUCCUGAGCCUGUCUGUUCACUUAAAACCUUGAUACAGCGAAGUGAUUUUUUUUUUUUUCCCCCAUUAGAGCUUUACGUGGCAGUAUUGAGUUAUCAGAUUAACACUAUAACAGACAGAAAGCGUAAAGACGUAGAUCGUAUCGUCGCGCGAAUCAGGACUAUCGCUACACGUCGCAAACCGUGACCGUAUGCUGACGUAACGUAACACUUUUAAAAAUAGGAAUACUAAGAGUAGGAAGUGAAGACACGCGGCUUUGGUUCAUACGGCGUGUUUUCCUCAAGGACGUCUCGAUUCGUCCGUCGACGAAGCACCGAGCCUGGGGUGGGUUCGGGGUGUUGAAUAAUCAGAAAACAAGCCAUCAAUAAAAAAAUGAAAAAAAAAAAAAAACACACAAUUUAUACUUAAAUUGUUCCAAACGAAUAUUUAGCACACUACAUACACUAAGGUGUACACAAACACCCCCCCCCUUUCACCUUCCUUCCACAAUGUUACUAACAGAUAUAUUUUCCAUUAGACAUUUUUUUUUUUACCAAAAGGAUGUGUGAAUACAUCAUGCACAUUUCACCUGCAAGAAAAAAAAAAAAGAUAUAUCCUCCACAAUAAUCAAAAGAAUUCUCUUUAUUGACUAAACGGAAACAGACACAAUCCGGUUUAUUUACAUACAUUACAAUAAAAUCUCAUGCUGGGUUUAAAA